GUGGAGGCUCCCUCGUCGGAGCGGCGGGGCCCAAAGGCCGGUGCGGCGUUCGGCCUCUCCUUUAUAAGAGGGGAGAAGGGGAAGGAGGCGGACGUGCUGCUCCUCUCUGCUUCGGCCGUUUGCCCCGAGCGCGAUGCCUAACCGCAAAGGCGCGCGCAACGCUUAUUAUUUCUUCGUGCUGGAGAAGCUGCCGGAGCUGAAGCGGCGGGGCCUGGCCGUGACGGGCGUGCGGGAUGCUAUCCCGUUCUGUUCCGACGACUGGGCGAUGCUGACUGAGGAGCAAAAAGAAAAGUAUGCAGAAAUGGCUCGUCAACGGAAAGCUAAGAAAUCGGAAGUAGCAACAAAAGAGCCGCCCAGCGAAGUCCCACCCUCUCUUCCCACAUUUCCUUCCACACAAACUGAGAAGAGAGUUUCAGCUGCAAACCUCAUCAGUCCACCUGGGAAGAGUGAUAAAGUUGUACUUGAAACCACAUUCUUCUACCUGAAUAUCUUCAGCCAUGGAGUUCUACCCUCUCAUUGCAAACAACGUUUCCUUCCUUGCGAAAUUGGAUGUGUGAAGUAUUCACUAAAAGAUGGCAUAAUUGCAGAGUUUCAUCAUUUUUUAGAUCCUGGAGAGGUGCCAAGGGGAUUUCGCUUUCAUUGCCAGACAGCAAGUGAUGCUACACAUAGGAUUCCCCUAUCUGGCUUUGAGCUUGUAACUGCAAAUCAUUCCGUUGUGUUACGUGAGCUAUACUCAUUUAUUCAGCCACGGUGGGGCGCCUGGCCACCUGUGUAUUGUAAGUCUUCUGACCAGUUUAGGGUCAACUGGUGCCUGCAGCAUAUGGCUAGAGAAGUGGGCACAGUUAAUAAUCUGGAGAGUCUCUGUGUGGAAGACCUUGUUGUGGAGCUGUAUUAUCAGAAGCUUCAAAAGGAGCCUUCUAAGGCAUGGGUGUGUAACUCCCUGGAUGCCUCCAUGUGGGAUUACUCCAGCAAUACUAGGUGCAAGUGGCAUGAAGAAAACGAUGUAGUGUUCUGUGCUCUUGCUACUUGCAAGAAAAUUGCAUACUGUAUCAGCAAUUCCUUAGCCAAUAUGUAUUGUGUCCAGCUGACUGCAUCUCACUUACCCUUGUGUGAGAAGGACUCCCAAAACACAGCAAAUCCUAAAAUGGUGGUUCUGGAUGCUGGACGUUUCCAGAAAAUGAGGGCUGCUGAGCGCACUGGAAAUGAAAGGUACUUCCGAUCUCCUAAUGAGGAACUAGGUGCUGCCUCUUGUACUGGUCAGCAUCCUUCAGGAGUGAAAACAACAGGUGAAACAACUACUAGGCGUGGAAGAGGAAUUGCCCAGUUUCUGGAAAGCGUCUCAAAGCAGUCCAGCAGUUAGACAUUUGCAGUACAGUGCCCCCCAUUCAGAACAGCUCUGCAUAUAAUGAUUCCCACCAUCUUUGGGAAUAUAAAUACUUUAUAUUUCCUUGGUCUGUCCUGUGUUAAAUAUUAUCUUUGUUUAAUGAAAAAAGCCAUUCUAACCCCAUUGCAAGGGGUAAAAUUUAAGUUUUUAAAAUAACAAAUGUUAUUGUGAGUUGUGAAAUAUUAUUUUUGUAUGUAGGAAUAUUUAGUAGAAACUUGAAAUAAUGAAGUCAGUAGGAUAAGAGAUUAGAUAAUGAAACCAGAAGGGCAACUUUGUGAAAUGAUGUCUGGAUUUUUAAGUUCUGUUGUGCCUUUUCUUUAGAGCAAAGCCUAUUUACACCUACUGGUACCUAACUGAAGUAAACUUUUGCUAAGGAACCAGUUGCAAUUAUGUUUUUUUAAUAAGCUAUUCUAGGAUUUGGUAUGGUACCAAUUAUAUAUUGUUUUUGUCAGAGAGGCAAGGUUUUGGUAUAAAGCCCUUAAAUUAGCCAACAAUAGAAGCAACAUACAUUUUUUGGUAAAAUUUGCAAUCAGGUAAUAUCUCCCUUACAAGAGAAAAAAACCUAUGAAGUUCUAUAAAGGUACUACAAUGAUGUACUUUAAAAGUUGUUUUAAAACCAUCUUUUUCCUUUCUUUCGUGUUAUACAUACAUUCAGUCAUUUAGUACAGAAAGCUUCUAAAUCUUAACCAUGAUAGACCAGCUUGUGUGUUUAAUUAAACACUUCUUUCCAAUUU